UCAAGUCUAAGGAGGUCGUCUCCUGUAAAUAACACAUCUCAUAGAUUUAGCGAUACACUGUGUUAUUUCACUUAUUUCUCGUGGAGAGCUGAUUCAAUUGGAUGCUGUUCGCAUGCCUUAAAGGAUGGCGGUCCUCUGCCAGCCUGCUUGCUGUCGCCCAGCUCGCUAGGUUAACUUUAGCGUGAUAUUUUAGCCGGCUAGGACGCUAGCAUCAGCUAGCCGUUGAGCUAAUCAGAGGUUAUAACGGGAGGAAUCGAUCUUGUUUCGGAGACCUGUGUCUAACUGGGAUGGGCAGGAUGACAGCUAUCUGUAUCCUCUAACUGGGCCCACACGCAUCAAAGACCACAGGUCAAGCUUGCCUUGACGUUGGACCUCGUGCCUAGCAUGCAGCCAUGAGCUCUGCCCUGUGGAGCCAGGAGAAGCCCAGUGGGGGCUUCAGGGAGGACUGGCGCUUCUACAUGGUCGUGAAGGAGUGUACGGUGGAAAAGCCUCCCCAGAAGACCCUGAGGAUCCCCCGCGGCAGCCUUGGUCAGGCCUGCCAGGAGCGCAACAGCCUGGGGAGAACGCUGCCGCCGUGUAAGGGCAAGAAAAGUCUUCGCAUUCUGGACCAGACCAAUGUGGUGCUGAGCCUGGAUGAACGGGACGUCCUGGAGUUGGACGAGAAGCUGGCCGAGCUGCUGUUCCCCAUUACCAACUGCGAGGAGCGAUACGCCCUUCUCUGCAACAAAUCGAGGCUAGAGCGCGUCCGCGACAUUGACUGUGGUUCCAAGGUGCGCGUCCAGCUGCGCUCUGGGGAUGAUCCUCUACCUGGUGUGGUCCGCUUCAAAGGCUCGCUGCUCCCAGACAGAGCCCUCUCUGGAAUCUGGUUUGGAGUCGAACUGCUGGAGGAGGGUCGGAACCAGGGCUUCACGGAGGGCUCCUACCAGGGCCGCCAGCUGUUCCGCUGUGAGGACGAGUGCGGUGUGUUCGUGGCCCUCGACAAGCUCGAGCUCUGGGAGGAUGACGAGGACGAAGCCUUGGGCGAGCUGGAGGUGGACCACGUCAAUCUGGUGGAAGAUGAACAGGACUUUCCUCCACUGGAGAUCAACUCCAGGGUCCUGGUGCAAACGAGGGAGGGACCAGAGAGAGGCACCAUCAUAUUUUGUGACCUACUACCAGGCAAUGAGAGCCUGGGCUAUUAUGUGGGAGUCGACAUGGACAAUCCUAUCGGGGACUGGGAUGGUGUGUUUGACGGGAAGCUCUUGUGUAAUUUUGCCAGUUUGGAGCACACUCGACUCGUCCCCAUCUGUGACGUAAUGCCAGAAUAUUCCAUGCAGGACCAAAGGCUGCAAAAGCACAGUUUUGCCCCCAGAGGCACCAACACUGAAAAGUCGUCCACUGGACAAAGCAAACCAAAGACCAAAGGAUUAGGUCACCAGUGUGGCAGUAGAAGCAAGUCUGAAUUUUACUAUACUUUAAAUGGCAGCUCUCUUGAUCCCCCAGCCCAGUCCAAAUCCAAAAGCACAUGGUACAUUGAUGAAGUUGGGGAGGACCCCGCCAAGUCACUUACUGACACUCCCCCUGACUUCAACCAGUCUUCCCCGCCCUCCAGAGCCCCACCCUCCACCUCGUUGUCCGGCGACAACAAGUUCCACUCGCUGCCCUUCAGUCUGAACCGCAAGACGGGGCCCAUUGACAACAUGAGCCAUGGGCCUCUCUCCCUCUCCGUCCAGUCGGUGAUGGGAGAGCAGCCCGAGCCCCCGUCGCCCGCCGCACCCCCUUCGCCGCGGCCUCCGACACCUCCCCGAGGACAGCCAGGUUUGGAGGUGGGCUCUCUGGUGGAGGUGAAGGAGAACCCCCCUCUGUGUGGCGUCAUCCGCUGGGUGGGUCUGCCUCCUGGCCUGCUGGAACCUUUGGCUGGUCUGGAGCUGGAAGAAGAGUGCCCUGGUUGCACUGAUGGGACGUUUAAAGGCACGCGGUAUUUCACCUGUCCACCCAAAAAGGCCUUGUUUGUGAAGCUCAAGUGCUGCCGGCCUGACUCCCGCUUUCCGUCCCUCCACCAUUCCUCCAACCCCAUAGAGCGGUGCAACUCCAUUGCAUUUGGGGGUUACCUGAGUGAGGUAGUACAUGAGAACACACCUCCGCGCACAGAAAACGACGGUCUGGAUGUCAUGGUGGGAAAAAAGAAAGGCAUUCAGGGCCACUACAACUCCUGCUACCUGGAUUCCACCCUCUUCUGUCUUUUUUCCUUCAGUUCCGUACUGGACACGGUUCUGCUGAGGCCACGAUCAAAGACUGACGUUGAGUAUUACAGAGAAACCCAAGAGCUGUUACGCACAGAGAUAGUCAACCCCCUCCGCAUACAUGGUUAUGUUUGUGCCACUAAAGUGAUGAAGCUCAGGAGGAUUCUGGAGAAAGUAGAAGCUGCCUCUGGGUUUACCUCUGAAGAGAAAGAUCCCGAGGAGUUCCUUAAUAUCCUUUUUCAUCACAUACUGAGGGUGGAUCCGUUGCUCAAAUUAAGGUCAGCAGGUCAGAAGGUCCAGGACUGUUACUUUUACCAGAUCUUCAUGGAUAAGAAGGACAAAGUCGGGGUUCCCACCAUCCAGCAGCUUCUGGAAUGGUCCUUCAUCAACAGCGACCUAAAAUUUGCUGAGGCUCCUUCCUGCCUUAUCAUCCAGAUGCCCCGCUUUGGCAAGGACUUCAAAAUGUUCAACAAGAUUUUCCCCUCCUUAGAAUUAGACAUCACGGAUCUUCUUGAAGACACUCCGAGGGAAUGCCGGAUCUGCGGAGGCCUGGCUCUCUACGAGUGCCGAGACUGUUACGAGGACGGCGACAUCACAGCGGGCAAGAUUAAACAGUUCUGCGAAAAGUGCAAUACACAGGUCCACCUCCACCCGAGGAGGAAAGCCCAUCGACACGGCAAACUGUCUGUCCCCAAGGAGCUGCAAGAAGGCACGGGGCGCCAGGGCAGCUUUCCUCGCCAGAGGAUGGAGCUGUUCGCUGUGCUGUGCAUUGAAACCAGUCACUACGUGGCCUUCGUCAAGUAUGGCAGCGCAGAUUCGGCCUGGCUCUUCUUUGACAGCAUGGCUGACCGCGAUGGAGGGCAGAAUGGAUUCAACAUCCCGCAGGUGUCUCCCUGUCCGGAGGUGGAAGCCUACCUGAAAAUGACCCCAGAGGAACUGCACACCCUGGAUCCCAAGAGCAUCCAGGGCCAGGCUCGACGCCUGCUGUGCGACGCCUACAUGUGCAUGUACCAGAGCCCAACCAUGAGCCUGUACAAGUAGUGUCCUCUUCCCGAACAACUGCCGCUUCACCCCCUGCCCCCUCAGUCACUCCACCUCCCUCUCCUCCCGGGCAGGUGAUUCCCAGAAAGACCAGAAAAAAAAAAGAAGAAAAAAAGAAAAAAAAACGAAAAACAAAACUAAACAAAAAGCUGAAUGGCUGCCUGCCAGCAAGGGGCGCUGUCCGGAGUUAACCCUCUCAACACCACCUCUCCUCAAUGCCUGACCAUUUCUGGAGCUGGGAGAGAUGGCAGAGAGGGGGAGAAGCCUAUUUGCACUGUGCAUUAGUUGAAGUGUUGUGUUCUUCAUGUAGUCCUAUGUAGCUUCCCUGUGUCUCACAGCUGAGCAUCGGUGGUGGAAAAAUGAAGCAAAGGUAGGCAUUAUGAGGAUUCACUCCCUGUUCAGGGAGGAUGGAGAAGAGGGGUGGAAGGGCAUAAUGUGGCGCAGUGGCUGACAAAACAAGUGCAACAAAAACAAAAUGAGGUAGUGGGAGGACCUUGCUCACCUCAUUUAUCUUAAGAAAAGAGGAGUCCUGCUUUUCUUAAUCACUGUAAAAGAUGGGAGCUUUCCAUAACGCACAUUAAGGAAGCAAAGUGGUGCGCAAAUCCUCAUCCAAGCUCUGUGUACUCUUCUAAAAACUUGUGUAAAAUCUCUCGGUAGCAUAGAUUUCUCCAGGUAGUAACAUCAGCAGUAUAGAUGUCAACCUACUGUGCAGUUGCAUUAAGAUCAGAGUAUUCUGCUCCUUGUGAACCGGUUUGCAUAUUUUCCCAUCACACUGUGUAAAUGUCUUUACAGUAUACGUUCUGCAGAAACAGAUGUAGCCAUUGUAAAAGUCUCACGUUUUACUGCAUUACUCCUCAACCGAUGCUGCACUUUUCAUUCCAUCCUCAACUGGACCUAUCAGGAAACAUUUAGGUUUCGCUUUUUACCCUUUUUUUUUUCUCUCUCUCUCUCUCUCUCCCAUUAGAAGUCACACUGAGUGCUAAUUUGUUGGUCGGGAGACAUCAGAGUUUUGUGUUUCAGAAUACAAAUUUGCUCCUCGGCCGUAGCUGUAAAGAACGGUCUGCAUUGCUAAUGCAGAGUAGAUGCCAGAUAAAUGCGUGAAGGGAGACUUGUACAAUGGCUCCUGUUGUAAAGCUGGUUGGUGGAGCACUCCAUGCAUUCGUAGGGUCAAUGAGGUGAAAUCCUGGAAAAGUCUGGCGGCUACCUUUCAAGGUAAGAGUGUGUGAUGUGAAGAGUUUGACAUGCAGUGUUUUUUUUUAAGCCUUUCACUCAUUGUGUUGAUGAGUAAAUUAUAUUUUGUGUUUACAUCCUUUUUUUUUCUUCUUUUGGAGAAGCAAGUGUUGACUCUCGCUGCCUUUCAUGAAAGUGACACGCAGUUUUAUUCCAGCCAGUCACCAGGCAACUAAACAAUUGUGAUCAAUUAUUAUUAUUAUUAUUAUUUAUUCUACUCUAAUCAUAUUACCAGCUCACACGUCCCCCCCAAAAUGGGGUUGAUGAUACUUUGGGAUAGUUUUGGAUACUCCCUGUCCUCUUUCACUGUAUAUUGUAGUGAGUUAUUGUCUCAUAGUAACUACUGAAUGUUAAUGGUGAACAGUUAACAAAGAAGGGGAAAUGAAGUGGCACAAGGCUGGUAGUCUUGGGGCAUCAUAUAGGUGUAUUCACUGGGGGGGGAAAAAAUCAUAAAUGCGAUCCUUGAUUUCAUCAUAUUCCGGUUUUACAGAAUACCAAAAGCAAACCAAUAAGGCUAGAAAGUAAUCGUUGGUUUUCAUGUAUCACACAAUUGCAUAAAACAAAUAGACUACAGAUGUAAGCAUCAGCAUUAUAUAUAUAUAUAUUUUUCCUAAAUUGAAUCACAGCUUAAAGGUUGCUUUAGUUGUGAGUAUAAAGUAAAUGUGUACGGGCGUUUUAUAAAUUCCUUUCCACCCGACCACUUCUGUCCCGUGGUCGUUUCCACUGUCGCAGGGAUUCUGACAGAGGACCUUCCUGUGUGAACUCUUUCUGCACUGCUGGAGCUUGUCACUGACUGGCGCCUUGUUCUCUACGAGAGAAGUCUCAGAACAGACGAUGGGAUUUCGAGGUUUUUUUUUUGUUUUGUUUGUUUGUUUUAUUUUCUGUUCUGUUGCAUCUGUACAGUGUAGACAUAUGUAACGGGUGGAAAAUUAUUAAUGUCAGUGAUGUUCCUGUAAAUGUUAACAAAAUAAAGCCCAUUUUGAAGGCUA